GGCAGCGGUGGCGGCUGCGGGGAGACCCCGCGGACGGCCGCGUUGGCGCUGCGCUUCGACAAGCCCAUCAAGCAGGCCUUCUACAACACGGGGGCCGUGCUGUUCGUGUGCCUGUGCUGCGGGGCUGCAGUGCUCGUCUACUUCAUCCUGGAGGCCUUCCUGCGGCCGCUGCUGUGGGCCGUGCUGUGUGGCACCUUCCUGCACCCCUUUAAGAGCUCUCUGACGCGCCUGGGCCGCCACUGGCUGCAGCGCCUGCACCGCGCGCACACGCCCAUCGUGCUGGCCGCGCUGCUGCUGCCGCUCUGCUUCGCAGACUACGGCGUCGAGGCCCUGGGAGAGCAGGCGCUGCGCCGCCGCCGUUUGCUGGUGCUGCUGGGCGCCGGGGGCCCGCUACUCUACGGCCUCUAUAGCCUUGGCAGCUACCUGGGCGUGCAGGUGCUGCUGGCGCACGCAGGCGCGCUCAUCUGCCGCGGGCUGGACUACUUCAGCAGCCUGUGGAUCUGGACGUUGGUAGUUGGCUAUGUGUUGACUGUUUCAUUCAAGUGGAAUGCAAGCACUGAACGCUACUUGAGAGCAGUUUCAAUUCCUGUCUGGAUUAUAUUGCUUUUUCAUUUAGCAUCUCUGGCUGGCUCAUGGAGAAUUCCAGUAUUCCUGGUUAUUGUUUUCCUGAUGUCUGUGGGAACCCUCUAUGAAAAACAGAAUGGAAAAGAGUCUUCUGGGGCGGAGUUACCAGGGCAAGUUAUCUCCAUGGCAGCUUCUACUCUAGCAACCUUGGCCAUCUCUAUCACAGGGUAUGAAUCAAGCACUGAAGACCGGUCCUCGACUCAGCCUGCAGAAACCAUGGACAGAGGAGAACCCCCUGCAACAGUAUCCUCAUCUCCUUCCCCCUCCUCCCCCUCCCCUUCUCUGGGAAGACAAAAGUCUGAAGUCGGAACAUUUCUUAGGAAGAAGAAAACCAGCGAUACCUACUUUGUGUCUCUCCUUUGGGCCAUCAUUGGAGUCCAGAUCUGGCUAAACCUGUGGAUUGUGCAGUUGCUGCCAGUGCCUGUUGCAGUCUGGAUACUCAAGAAGCUUGUUAUUCAUUUUGGAGUUGUGAACUUCCUGGAGAAACGCUGCUAUGCAUGGUGGCAGGUCGUAGAGCACUUCCUGAAGGAACGGCAGGAAGCUCUGGCACCGUGGCCAAUUAUUGGGCUUGGAAAAUUCUUGUUAAAAGUUGAUAGCAAGAUGAUCAUCUGGUUGGAGAAGAUGUUAGACAAAAUAAUUAGCAUUUUCAUCAUAUUUUUGUUAGUGAUAGGAACCCUUCUUCUAGCCCUACUCCUGACUGCAAAGGUGCAUCAAGAGAGUGUACACAUGAUUGAAGUCACAAGCAGUUUGAUUAAUGAGACUCUAGCAAAUCACCCUGAGUGGGCAAAUUGGCUUCCUGAGGCUCAGGUAGUCCAAAGAGCCCUCAAUUCUGCGGCUAACAACGUGUAUCAGUAUGGACGAGAAUGGAUAACUCACAAGCUUCAUAAAAUUCUUGGAGAUAAGGUGAACAAUACUGCUGUAAUUGAAAAGCAAGUACUAGAACUUUGGGACAGACUGUAUCAUUCUUGGUUUGUAAAGAACGUGACACAUUCUGGAAGACACAAAGGACACAAGAUGCACAUGAGUCGUCAGAAUAGCUGGCUGGGGGACAUUCUGGACUGGCAGGAUAUUGCCUCCUUCGUUCACGAGAACAUUGAGACAUUUCUUUCGAUCUUGGAGUCCCUGUGGAUUGUUAUGAGCCGGAAUGUGAGCUUGCUUUUCACCACUGUCACUACACUCCUGACGAUCCUCUUCUACAGCGGGACGGCCCUUCUCAAUUUUGUGCUGUCUCUGAUAAUUUUCCUGACCACACUAUUUUAUCUGUUAAGUUCCAGUGAUGAGUACUACAAGCCAGUGAAGUGGGUGAUAAGCCUGACACCACUGUCUCAGCCAGGCCCUUCCUCUAAUAUUAUUGGCCAAUCUGUGGAAGAAGCUAUCAGAGGGGUGUUUGAUGCUUCCCUCAAAAUGGCUGGCUUCUAUGGAUUGUACACCUGGCUGACUCAUACUAUAUUUGGCAUCAAUAUUGUCUUCAUACCAUCAGCUUUAGCAGCGAUCCUUGGAGCAGUGCCAUUUCUGGGGACAUAUUGGGCAGCAAUACCUGCAGUUCUAGACCUGUGGCUUACCCAAGGCUUAGGAUGCAAAGCCAUUCUACUGUUGAUUUUUCAUCUCUUGCCAACAUAUUUUGUAGAUACUGCCAUCUAUUCUGAUAUAUCAGGAGGUGGCCAUCCUUACUUGACAGGCUUGGCAGUGGCUGGCGGAGCAUACUACUUAGGCCUGGAAGGAGCAAUCAUCGGGCCCAUUCUUCUCUGUAUACUUGUGGUUGCUUCCAAUAUCUAUAGUGCCAUGCUAGUAAGUCCUACGAAUUCAGCGCCCACACCAAACCAGACCCCAUGGCCUGCUCAGACUCAGCGGACUUUCCGUGACAUUUCCGAAGAUCUGAAAUCUUCAAUAGACUGACGUGAUUUCUGCAGUGAUUUCUCUGGGAAAUUCAACCUUGAAUUGAGUUCAGUUCAGCUGUGGCCUUCUGUCCUUUUAGCUCUGCCUAGCAUGCAGAGCCCAGGAAAAGAAGUAGAAGCCUCCUGAUCUUCCAUACAGAAAGCGAGGACAAGAGAAAGCUUGCUAUAUAGUCUGCUGUGAAGCACAGCUUUUGAGCUCAGAAAUGUGGUUUGCUCACUUAACUGUUGCUACGAUGGCUUGAAAGUUUUCCAUUUAUACACUGGUAACCAUGGUUUGAAAUUUUCCCACUUUGCUUAUCUAUAUUAUUAUAAUAUGUAUUUAUAAAGUUAAUUUAAGAGACCUAAACUACCUGCUGUUAAAAAUAUAAUUUUUUCUGGUUUUAAGAAAUCUGUUCUUAAACUUUUCUAUGACAGUCACUUUUCAAUGAAAAGCGCUUUCACUUUUGAGUAUAUAGUUGCUUAAGCAGGAAAAAUGAAUUUUCUACCCUUAUCCCACAUUGUGUGGCCCUCCCUAAGAAAGAACAAAUCUUAAGUGAAAUUCAUCUACUUGUAUGUUGCAACCAUAGGAGACACAGACUGGACCUCUUCCUCCCCUUUCUUCCUCCAUCCCCUAUUACACUGUUGCCAAAUUUCUAAAACUUGGCCAACCACAUCGAAGUUCAAUAUUUAUUAAGCUGCUAUUAAUGGUAACAGUAUGGAAUUCAUGUUGUAAUUUUUUUAUUCUUUCCAGAUAUUUUAAGUGAAAUAUCUCAGGUGCAGCAGUACUGAUUUGUUAAAUGUAUCCCCGUUUAUCAUUUGGAAUUCUGCCACUUAAGUUACUUAUAGGCAGUAGAAUUUUAUAUUUAUGUAAUAUUUUCCCCCCACUUAGCACAGUGCCUUGCACAUAAGAUUCUCGAUGGAUGCUUGUUGAAUUAAAUUGUGACUUUUAAAAUACGUCAGCUAUCACAGUAACCACAGUGCUUUACAUUUUACAAAUCUUUUUGCGCAUAUUAUUUCACAACCACUUCCAGUCAUCGAUCAUCCAGCUUUAUAUUGUUUUAUAAGUUUCAUACAGAUGGAGAAGCUAAGGUUCAGAAAAGUGAACAACUCAAAGUCAAAGUUUAGUAAGAAUUGACCUCAAAUCUUCUGACCCCAUAAGUCUGCAAGUUCUGCUAUCCAUAUACAGUAGUGUUUCUUCUAAUAUCUUAUGCAAUUUUCUUAGUGCUAUGAAAUAGAAUACCUGUCCUUGGACUUGUCCUACAGUUAAUGACAGGGCUGCGACUAGACUCAGCUGUUAGCUCUCUGCCCUUUCCACUGUGUAAAAACAAUCAUCAGGCUCUUUUUUUUUCACCCCCAGGGGAAUAUGGAGUAGAAAGGAUUCUUAAGUAUCAGAGAUCCCUUUUUUGGAAGACAUUUAAAAGUGGCAAUCAUUUUUUCUAAAACACCUCACUAAGAAGGAUAGUUAGUGAUAAUUAGCUUAAAUUCAUUCUGAUAUUACUUAAGAAAAACUCCAUCUAGAAGAAAGACUACCAUGGGGUAUUUGACUCUCUAUAUAGUAGAUGACAUUCAGAUCUCUUAUUUUUGCCAGGAAUCCUUCAACGAUUAUAAUUUGAUUUAACCCCCAGUGUUACAUUUGGCCACUAAUUAACUCAUUCUUUUCUUCAGUCAGUUGUUUAAUAAUUCAUUCAGUAAAACAUUUGUCGAGAGUUUGCAUGGAACUUAGGUUUCAUGCCAGGAGCUAUACAAGGUGCUAUGGGAGUUAACUCAUAAGAAUGCCUUCUCUCACCUUAAAGCUUAGCCAGAUCAUGUGUGUUGCUAAAAUUUAAAAUUUUGCAUUAAAAAGGUUAAAGAAAUAAAGGACUUUUUUUUUUUGGUUAAUUAUAUAUUGAUAAGUUUAUAGCUGUAAUUAGCACAUAUUCAUAAGAGGCAAAUAUUAUACAUAAUGAAUUAGGGUACAUAUACAAAUUACGUUCUUCCAAAGUGCUUUUAGCUAUAUAAAAUGAUAUUGCAAAAAACUAAACUUGAGCUAAUGUAUGGCUGUCGCUGGACGUAAUUAUUUGUAUGAAUGCCAGGUUCUUAGAGGGGAGAGAAUGCUGAACCCUAAGAGAAUAGAUUAAAGAUGCCAAAAUUAGCAGUGAUGUAGUAUCACCCUGAAAUAGCAGGAGCAAAGGUGCCCCACAGUGCUACGCAGUCCCGAUCAGGAAAAUUGAACAGGCGCAGUACUCCAGCAACUUCAUAAGGACUGGGAAAGCUAACCACCUGGGAGAGAUCUUCCUCGAACCCUCAAAAACGUGCCCUCUCAUCUAUGGUGAAGAUUUACAGAAUUUUUACAGGGCAUAGAGCUCAAGUGAUAUGAAAAGGUAGAAGUCUGAAGCUCAAGUCUCAAAGAUAACCAACCCUUAGAUUCUCAGUUAGGAUUCGACCCAGAAGGAGGAAGUUUCCCUAGGAACAGAGAAUGCAUUGGUGAAGUUGAAGUCACUAGUAAAAACAGUACAGAAAUCAUGUCACAAUGUUUUGGAUUUUACAGCUUUAUUAAAGAUUAAUUUUAAGUUCACAUUAACUAUUCAGUUGUAAACUGAAUGGAGGAAGAGGAGAAAAAAGCCCUCCACACAGAAGUUGUUCUUUCUGAGCAAAAACAAGUCAUCUGAUGUUCAACAUAAGCUGUCAUAUAAGUCCUGCUUCAGAUCCAAAAUUCCUAUCACACUCUCUGUUCCUGGAAGUGAUCUCUGUCAGACUUCCUUAGAAACCAGUCUUAUUUAUUCUUAAAUUUGCAAGGAAUCCUGACACCCUCUUCCAUUAGAGUGGUCAGCUGGCAGUGUUCUCUUCUGAGACGGGCAAUUGGGCAAUUGACUAUGGACGGUGGGAGGGUUCACCCAAGAAGUAUUAAAUGGAGGUAUUGUAUUUUUAAAAAUCAGUAGCUUUUGGAAGUAGCAGCUGUUUGUUCCAGUUCAAAAAGGCUGCCAAAGAGCUUGCAGACUGAGGUCCUCUGGCUAACCUUGGUCUUCAACAUGAACCCAUUGUGAUCCUUCAGAACUUCCUAGCACCUUGAGUUCUCACUUUUGUUGUAUUUAUCACUUCAGAAUGUGUCACUACUGAGCAAGAAAUACUCGAAAUUCAGGCCAUGAGGGGUUAGAUUAGAUUAGAGCAAAAUAAUUUUAGGUGAGCUAUCCAGAGCUUUCAGCCUCGGGUUUAUAGGAAAAACCUUCAGAACUUCCCAUCCUCUGGCCUUGACCUGUAGUCUCCUCUGUCUUGCAGGACCAAUACAAGAGUAUCACAGCAGGCAUUUCACAACGGAAAUAGCCUGUGACAACAUACUUCCAAAUGCUAGUUCCAGCUAAGAAAAGUACUUUUGUUUUUAUUAAUUUCUUGCCUUUACAUAUUUUGCCAUCAAAAUAUAUUCAUUUCCUUAACUUAUUGAGGACCUGUAAAAAUAUACAUACUCAAACCACCGAGCAGUUAUUUUUUGAUAUACUUGAUUUACAAUUCUCUUAAUUAUUUUUAAACUGUCUACAAGUCAUAGAAAUUCUAUGCUAGAAUGGGCCUUAUAUAAUUAAGUGAUUCUGUCAUUUUCUGGAGAAAGAAACAAAUCCAUUGGUGGCUUUUCUAACACAGCAGUUAGUAAUAGAAUUCAGAAGAGAAUUCUAUUUUUCUCUCAGCCCCUUGUCAUCUUCCCUUUGUCUCAUAGUUGAGUAGCUUUUGGAAAAAUGUAUUCCUUAUAGCAGUAGUUCAAAGGGAUGUUAUUAGGUGUUAUAAGAACAGAAGUGUGUGUGGCGGGGAAGGGACUCCAUGGUCAAUUAAAAUCGAAGAAUGCUGAGUUUGUUUUCUUUCUGAAGGUUAAGAGGAGACAGGGACUGUGUUUACUCAGACUUAUCGGAUCUUAAUCUACUUCCCCAUCCUUUUCUCAGAGCAUCUCAAAGCACUGCUGGUCCUUUGGGAAACAUGGCUCUCGAGUAAGUUUACAGGUCUUUUACAAGACAUCCUUAAUGGAAAUUCUGAAUAGUACGUGUGUUACCAUGGUACCACAUAACCCUGAUAAAUCUCAAGGUGUACUGAGAUAUUGGAAAUAAGACAUAUUUGCCAUUCAGAUCUAUAUGUAAAGUAUAGAGGUUAUUUUCCACCUAUGGUGUGUAAAAUCAGUAUUUGUGUUUAGUUUUCAAGUUUUUCAAGGGUCAAUUAAUGUGCAGACAGCGGUGAUUUAUUGAUACUAAUUUUUAAUAAUGCUUUUGUGUGGCACUUUAUAGUUUUCAGAAUGCUUUCAUAACAAUCCUGUGAGAUAGGCAAAUGUUAAGUGUUAUCAGAUGAAGCACUGGAGGCUCAGAAAGGUAUUUUUGUGUGUGAUUUUCCCUUAUGUUUAUACCACAAAAUGAUGGAGCCAGAAUUCAGUUUCAGAACUUCUGACUCCAAGUCCAGAGUUAUUUACACCUGGUUUCUUAUUUUUCUUUUAGCUUUAUAUUUUACAGUGUAAGGUAUGGAAACAGAUCUUAAAGUAACAUCAUUUUGGCUUAUUAUCAAACACUAUUUCUUUUUUAUUGCAGUGACCCAGAAAGUAGAACUGUUAUUAUAGCUAUCCCAAAGAAAACCCUUCUUUUGUCCUUUGCAGUGCCACUUAGGGGACUUGGAGUGUAUUUCAAAUACCAUUUGAUUUUGAAACCAAGAUUGAAACCAAGUUGUGAUUGCUUAUGUAAUUUUGGAGAAGGUAUCAUCUCUGCAUUCUCAGGCAAAGUGGAGAUGGUUUGAAAGUAAAAAAGAUUCAAAUACGACAAUACAUCUUUAUUCUCACACAAAUGCUGUCUUAGCUUUAACUUUGACAACCUACUGAUGUAAUUUCUUUGUAAAUGUAAAAUAUUUAUAUUUUGAAAUAAAAUUACUAGUGUUGAAUGAA